AUGAUUUUAUAUGGCUUGGCAGACGAAAGAGGCGGAUCUCGGAGCAGUGCCAUAACCAAAUGAUGCAUAUGGAAAUUUAACCACAAAAACACAACUAUGAGUGCCACAGCAGAUUUUCUAGCAGAAAAUAAUGUAUGUGGGCAGACAAUUCUGCGCCUUGUAUCCAGGGGCAAUGCCAUAAUUGCUGAACUUUUAAGGCUAUCAGACUUUAUCCCCCCAGUGUUUAAACAGGAAACAAAAGCUGACCAACUGAAAUAUGGAGAAAUCUUGUGUGAUUUCAGCUAUUUUCAAAGUUCAGAGUAUUUUGAUGACAAGAUUAAUUCUAAGGUGGAACUCCAAGAUCUGGAUGAAGAAUUCAGAGAGAACCAUGAAGAAAUUUUGACAAGAUUUUUUCUGGCAUUUGAGAGUGUUUAUAAAUAUGUGACUGAUCUUAACAGAUUUUUGGAAGAUCUAGAUGAAGGAGUCUACAUUCAACAGACACUAGAAUCUGUUCUUCUUAACGAAGAUGGAAAGCAGUUGAUGAGUGAAAGUCUUUAUUUAUAUGGGGUUAUGCUGAUGAUCAUUGAUUACAAGAUAGAAGGAGUUGUGAGAGAAAGAAUGUUGGUUUCAUACCACAGAUACAGUGCCAGGAAUGCCACAGAUUCCAACAUUGAUGAUGUCUGUAAGUUGUUGCGAGGGACAGGGUUUUCAGCUGCACCUGGAGCCAAAAGACCUCCCAACUAUCCAGAGGCUUUUUUCAGCCGGGUUCCUAUCAACAAAACAUUUGUGAACAUGACAAUAGGGAGACUGAGGUCAGAUGAUAUAUACAACCAGAUCUCUGCCUACCCAUUACCUGAGCACAGGAGCACUGCUCUGGCCACACAAGCCAGUAUGCUGUAUGUGAUUUUGUACUUUGCUCCAGAAAUUCUACACAACCAGACAGCCAAGAUGAGGGAAAUAGUUGAUAAGCACUUUCCUGAUAAUUGGGUGAUAAGUAUCUACAUGGGAGAUGUAGUAAAUUUAGUGGAUGCCUGGGCCCCGUAUAAAGCUGCCUCAAGUGCCCUGAGCAAUUCUUGUGAAGCAGGCAAUGUCAGAUGACAGGCAAACCGAUUUUCAACCAAAGUGAAGACAGUAAACACUGCUGUCCUGCAGUAUUUGAAAGAGGGUGUGCUAGAGGAAGAAUUUGUAUUGGACAACAUUCCUAAACUGAUGAAUGUGAUUCGCGAGUGCAAUGUCACCAUCAGGUGGAUGAUGCUACACACCACAGCUUUGAAUACCAGUGCUGAUGCCAACAAGAGGUGCCGGCAGCUGAGGGAGCAGGUGAUAGCUGACAGCAAAUACAACCCUGUUGCACUCUUUGAACUUUUACUCAACACUUCACAGCUCGAGUUUAAAUUGAAAGAGAUGUUUAAGCAGAUGUUGGCAGGGAAACAAGCUAAGUGGGAACUUUACAAGAAAGAAGGAAGUGAAAGAGUUUUGGAACUAAGUGAAGUCUUUUCAGGGACCAAGCCUCUUACAAGAGUGCAGAAAAAUGAGAACCUGCAAGCCUGGUUUGCAGAGAUGUCCAAACAAAUAGGAUCCCUCAACUAUGAUGAUGCUGUCUCUGCUGGAAGGAAGAUUGUACAGCUUAUCCAAGCCCUGGAGGAAGUUCAAGAAUUCCAUCAACUUGAAAGUAAUCUGCAAGUGAAGCAGUUCCUGGCUGACACGAGGAAGUUUUUGCACCAAAUGAUACGUACCAUUAACAUCAAAGAAGAGGUUCUCAUUACCAUGCAAAUUGUUGGGGAUUUGGCAUAUGCAUGGGUUAUAAUAGACAGCUAUACAUCUUUUAUGCAAGAAGGAAUUAAGAAGAAUCCUUCUUUGGUUACAAAAUUGAGGGCAACUUUCUUAAAGUUGGCAUCUGCUUUGGAUCUCCCAUUGCUGAGAAUCAACCAGGCAAGCAGCCCAGACUUGAUGAGUGUGUCUCAGUACUACUCAGGAGAAUUGGUUUCAUAUGUCAGGAAGGUCCUCCAGAUUAUUCCAGAAACCAUGUUCACCUUACUUCACAGAAUUAUUAGACUGCAAACUGGACAGAUAAAAGAGCUACCCACAAGGUUAGAAAAGGAGAAAAUGAGAGAAUUUGCUCAACUGGAUGAACGUUACGAAGUUGCCAGACUUACCCACUCCAUUUCCGUGUUCACAGAAGGAAUUCUCAUGAUGAAAACAACCCUAGUUGGUAUCAUCAAGAUUGAUCCAAAGCAACUGCUUGAAGAUGGAAUCAGAAAAGAGCUGGUCGCACAAGUGGCCAGUGCCUUACAUCAAGGGCUUAUAUUCAACCCUAAGGCGAAGACCAGUGAGCUUAUCCCCAAAUUAGAGUUACUUGGACAGGUAAUGGAUGGUUUUAGAAGGUCAUUUGAGUACAUUCAGGACUAUGUGAACAUCUGUGGCCUGAAGAUUUGGCAGGAAGAGAUGUCCAGGAUAGUCAACUACAAUGUAGAACAGGAGUGCAAUAGCUUUCUAAGAACAAAGGUUGCAGAUUGGCAGAGUGUUUAUCAAUCAACAGCUAUACCCAUACCAAGAUAUCAGCCUGUUGAUCAGUCUGUCAACUUUAUUGGAAGACUUGGUAGGGAAAUCUUGAGGAUAACCGAUCCUAGAACCACUUCCUUUAUCCACCAGAUGAGGGCUUGGUAUGACUGCAAAACCAAACAGGAACUCAUCAACAUCAAACUGUUUCAGAAGCUAGAGAAAGGAGUUGGAAAUUUUGGUCUGUCUGGUUUGGACAGACUGCUUUGCUUCAUGAUAGUAAGAGAGCUGCAGUCCUUACUGCUCAUGGUCCAGAGAACUGUUCUAAAGGACAAAGCCUGGCUGGAGUUGUUCAGAACUCUUGUCACAACAAUUAAUCCUGUCAGGAGUGUUGUUGCCAACCCUCAUAAAGCAUAUGUUCCACUUAUGACAAAGGCAACAAGGUUGUGGCAGCCAUAUCUGGAUAUAAUUUUGAAGGUUGGACAGAUGCAACUCCUCCGCACCCAGAUAACAUACCAGUUGAAUACAUCUUGUCAGUUUGACUCCAAAUUUCUGGCAAGUGCACUGCAAACUUUUAAUGUAGCUCUCUUGUCUGAAAUAGAGAAGCACUACCAGGACCCCAGCCUGCCUUAUCCCAGUGAGGACAAUCCUCUUAUGUACGAGCUGACGUCUUAUUUAGAAAGUGCUGGAAUGAACAAUCCACUGUCCAAGAUUUAUGUUACCACAAAGAGACUUCCUUACUUUGAAGCCAUCAAUUUUCUGUUUGUGAUAUCACAGUUGCCAAAGCUUACAUAUGUCAAAUCUGUUGGGAGCAUGGUGUGCAAGAAACCUGGUGAUCCCAUAGAUGGUCCCCCCUUUAUUGCUGGGAUGAUCACCCUCCUGAAGCAGUUCCACAGAGAAACCACUGACAGCGUUCUUGCCAUGCUGGGACAAUAUACAAGAUCCUAUGUGGAAUCUGCUACAAGUGCCAAAGUUCCAGAAAUACCACUUGAAGCUCUUAACACCCUUGCCUUCCUGGAAGAUUUUGUUCAUUACAGUGGGAUACAAAGAAAGACCCUAGAUGCUUUUGUACCAGAAUAUAUAUUGGAUGAAUUUAGAGGAAAGGCACAGUAGAACUGGUUGAUAUUACCUAGAUGAAUGAAGGAUCAGAAGAAACCAUUCUUAUUCAAAUCUGCUUCUGAUACAGCACCUGGAUAACCCAGAACUAAGAAGAUGCAUAAAAAAUAUUGGAAAAGAUACAGAAAAAAAAACAAUAUUUUUUCAUGCUGCUUAAGUCAUGUAAUUGCCUAAUGAAAAUGUGGUCAAUAAGUACUUGUCAACAUAUUUGAGUUGCAAAACAUGGAAUUAAUAUGAAAAAUAUUUCAAAGGUUUGAAGCCUGCAGAUGAUUGCCUGUUGAUCAAGUGAUGGUCAUGUAUGUGUAGUUUAUAUUCAAGAUUGCACAUUUGAGAGUAAUUUCCAGGCUAUUUUGCAGUUAAACAUCUGAGGCAUUUAAAUGUUUGUGUAAAAUUUUGGAGAAAAUAAGGUAAAGAUUUUUUUAAAUCAGUCAAUGCAUACACAAAUGAGAGUAACCUCGUUUGGCAUGGAUUUCAUUAGUCUGGUAAAAUGGUUAUCUCACAAGUUUUUCAUUUUUUUGUGCACAAACUCUUGGGUGAUUUCUUUCGUCCAAGACCAACUAAACACACGAAGUUGUAUUUGAGUUUCAUUUGUGGUAUGUUUACCCUCAGCCCACCACAAAAGCACCUGCUCCGCAGGGGGCCAUGCCCUGCCGAGAUCACAGGUAGAACGUGGUGUGGGAUGGUGCACAGGGCAUUAGCUGCCUAUUUAAGACUUGGGAGAAAGAGAAAAGCACGUGGAGCUUCCAAGUCAGACAAGAAGCCUAUUUAUAUGUAAUAAGACAGGUGUGCAAGAACUAUAGGGCCUGAUAUUGGGUUGCUCACCAACUGUAAUAUAUGAACAUCUUGUAUGAAAUAGGAUUCCGUUAGUAGUACUUAUACAUAAUUUGGAUUAUGCAGAUAUGGUGUAAC